AUGUCCGUUCUUCAAUCAUGGCCCGUAGAACGCGAGUUCGAUCCCAAGAACAUGCCCUUCCGUCGCUUGGGGCCUAGCGGUCUGCGCGUUCCAGUUUUUUCUCUGGGAGGAUGGCUGACUCUAGGAGGCACCAUUAAGGGAGAUCCAGUGAAGGAAAUUAUGAAAGUUGCCUUUGAGAAUGGGAUCAAUAUGUUCGAUACUGCCGAGGCGUACGCAGGCGGCAAGUCGGAGGAAGAGAUGCGACUGAUUUUAAACUAUAGGGGACGGGUCAUUCGGGAGCUGGGGCUUCGUCGCACUGACUUGGUCAUCACAACUAAGAUUUUCUGGGGCCCUCGUCACGGUCCCAACGAUCAGGGUCUAUCUCGCAAGCAUAUUAUUGAGGGCACCCAGGAGUCUCUUGCUCGUCUGGGCCUCGAUUAUGUGGAUGUCAUCUUCGCGCAUAGGCAUGAUCAAAACGUUUCUAUGGAGGAAAUUGUUCGUGCAUUCAACUAUGUCAUCGAAAAGGGAUGGGCUCUUUAUUGGGGAACUUCGGAAUGGACUGCACGAGAAAUCGAAGAGGCUCAUCAUGUUGCCAACAAGUUGAACCUUAUUGCUCCAGUGGCCGAGCAAUGCAAGCACCACAUGUUCCACCGCGACCGGCCAGAGAAAGAAUACGGCCCUCUGUACAAGAAAUACCACAUGGGUACCACGACUUGGUCUUCACUUGCCGGUGGACUACUGACCGGGAAGUAUAACGAUGGCAUUCCCAAAGACUCCCGAUUCGAUACCCAUAGCAACUUCUUGAAAGAGGAUUUGAAGAGAUACGAAAGCCCAGAAGGUAAAGAACAGAUCAGAAAAGUGAAGGAAUUGACAAAAUUGGCGGAGGAAAAACUUUCGACUUCCGUCGCAACGCUUGCUCUUGCGUGGGUGGCAAAAAACACAAACACUUCGACGGUCAUCCUUGGUGCCACGAAACCCGAGCAAAUUUUAGAAAAUCUUAAAGCAAUCGACGUUAUUCCCAAGUUGACACCUGAGAUCAUGAGAGAAAUUGAAGAAAUCCUUGCCAACGCACCUGAUGCCGCUCCAACUUUCGGGAGACCCCUCUUGGACCGGUUUGGUAGAGUCUAA